CUCAGCCUGCUGCCAAUAAGCAUACCACCUCUUCGACGAGCUCCGCGGCCCGCGUAAGCAGACUUGAGCCGACUUCGACGUCGACUUCCUACGUACCAGCUCCUGCAUAUAUCAAAUCUGCAACCUUUUCCACAUUCUCUAUCUAUUCAGCCCCUGCAACAACCUAAAAAGCUUCACCAUAACAACGCCUUUCAACCCCUAUCUUUCGGUGCCCAUCAUAACGGUCCGCCUCACUACAACUCAGGUCACUCUGGAUUGCCUUCUCCACCUCUACGAAGCCUCUCCAUCAAGCGCACAGCAUCACAAACGCCACUAGUCGAUGAAUCGCCGCAGAACAAUCUUAGCUUCAAAGAAGAAAUGUGGCAGAAGAUUGCACCGGAGAUGGGUGUUCCGUGGCGCUCUGCUGUUCUAACUAAACGCUGCUGCCACGGCUGGACUAGAGGCUGCGUCUACUUCACUCUCAUCCCAAAACUCAGAGUCGGAAAGAUCCGAAGCACCGUGUAUAAGACUUUGAAUCUUUACUACUAGAGAACCGACCAGAUCGCACGAUUAAUGCGGACGAGGAACAGCUGAAAAUCACAUUCACUGCUCUCGUGGAAAUUCUGUCUGGAGAACUUCGUUGAUUAUCAGAUAAAUGUCCUGCGCUAUACAAUGGGGCCCACGGUUCCAUAGCAGCAGGUUCGCAAAGCCCAUAGUCAAUCAAACUUCGCUUCUCUCUCUCUCAUCAUGUCCAUGGCCAUCUUGCCACCGUCUUAUAGAGUUAGUCGAGUGCAUAUAUCAAAGUUGGCAGUCUUACAGUCGCGUAAUAACCCCCAAUAUAUAAUUGAAUACUAUCC